CAGCGAUAAUAAUAAAAAACUACAACUUCAAUACGGUACAUACUGCGACACGAAGCAAAAAUGUCACUAAAGCCCAUACCCGGCGAAGAAGAAUAUGCGGGCAGCGACAACGAACCCACAAUCGAAGAACCAGGCCUAGCGCCAGACGACCCGAUGCGCGCUUUUCUGCCAAAGUCCUUCGGAAAGCAGACGAUGGAGCGGGAUGUGAAAGCCCGCGUCGAGCAGACCCGUCGAGCCGCCCCUCCCCCCCCCAAAGCCAAACCACCACAAGACUCGGACUCCGACUCCGACGAUAGCGAAGAAGAAGAAUACCCCCUCUCCCACGAACUCACAAUCCCAGCACACACGAAACCUAUCUCAAGCAUAACCCUCGACCCAUCCGGCACGCGCUUUGUGACAAGCAGCCAUGACACGACAAUCAAGUUCUUUGACUUCCACGCCAUGUCGACCACGCAUCUGCACUCCUUCAAGACGCUGGAACCGAGCGAAGCGCACCACAUCCACUCUGUAGCCUUCUCCCCACUGGACAACGGCCAGCACCUACUUGUCGUGCCGGCGGCACCGCAGGCAAAGAUACUGACGCGGGACGGAGACACGGCGCUGGAGUUCGUCAAGGGUGAUCCGUACCUCCGCGACAUGCACAAUACGAAGGGACACGUCAGUGAGAUUACUGGGGGGUGUUGGAGCCCUGUACAGAGGGGCGUGGUCGUGACGGCGGGGACGGACUCGACGGUUAGGAUCUGGGAUGUCCAGAGCCGCAGGGGGCAUAGGGAUGUUAUGGUUCAUAAAAGCAGGGGGAAGGGCGGGAGGAGUAGGAUUUGUGCCGUGGCCUGUAUCUGGAACGCCGGAGGUCCGUAUUCCAGGCCGAUAAUGGAAGUGCGAGACGCACACGCUAAGGAGACAUGGACCGGGGGUCUAACAUUCUCUAGCGACGGGAGAUUGAUCGCGACGAUGGGUGAAGACCAAUACAUAAAACUCUGGGACACCCGCAAACUCAAAACGCCCAUAACCACGCGUUCAAACUUCCCUACCCCAACCCCUACCCCCAUAAUCUUCUCCCCAACCAACAACACCACCCUCCUAACCGGCGAUACUAGCAACACCCUUCAUAUCCUCUCCUCAGCAACCCUAACCUCCGAGCAAACCCACCCCCUCUCAACCCCCACCCCCACCCCCACCACCCCAUCUCCAUUGACUAGCAUAACCUGGCAUUCCCACAUAAACCAAAUCCUAACCGGCUCCGGCCACGGGCACCUGCACAUCCUGUACUCCCCCACCAUCUCGCGCAAGGGCGCAACAACCCUCCUCGCGCGCGCCCCGCGGAAGCGCCACAUCGACGAUUACAACAACUCCAGCAUCACAACAACAGAUUUAACCACCAUUUCCGGCGACUCGGUGAUCCUUCCCAAUGCUCUGCUCGGAAAGAAGGGCGGGGUGAUGGAUAAGCGUAGACCGGUAAUGCCGGCACAGACGCCGUGGGGAAAGAGCCAGCCGGAUCAGGCGCAUAUUGAGAGGAGUAUUGGGUUGAGUAGUAUGCGUGAUGAGGAUCCUAGAGAGGCGUUGCUAAAGUAUGCGGAUGUGGCGGAGAGGGAGCCGGUGUUUACGGCUGCGUGGAGGGAGACACAGCCAAGGACUAUUUAUGCGGAGGUUGAGGAGGAGGAAGGGGAGGACGGGGAACAGGAUAGAGUAAGAGGGAAGGUGGGGGCAGGAACUAAUAAACGGGUGAGGAGAUAG